UCAUCUCUAAUCUAAUCGUCCAAAAUACAAAUUUAAUGUACCAGUGAUACGUGAUGACACUAUAUAAAUGUCAUCGAUUUUAAUAAUCUAUCGUACUAUGAUAUUUAAUUAACCAAUGGCUUGCAACAAUGUUCAACAAUUAAGUAUAUUUGAAAUGCACGAAAAUGUAUUUCGUUAUAGUUGUGAAUAGUUUUGAAUCACAGUGCGCUGUCAGCGAGAAAAAGAAAAUCAGAAACGUUUUGACGUUUAUCUGUUUUCUUGUGCAUGUCUGACGUGGAAAUUAAAGCAAAAUUUGUGCAUUGAGCGCUUUUAAACUUUUAUUGCCUUCAAAUUAUGCUAACGAUCGUGAUUUUCGGCAGUGAAACAUUUAGUUACAUAGCUUAGUGCAAAAAAAGUUGAAAGCGUCUGAUAAUGAAUCCACAAAUGACUUCAUACGGUCAACCUCCCCAAGGGUGGAUGCAACAGGGUGUAGGACAAGCGCCACCCCCACCUAUCAAUGGGGCUCAAAACCUCUGCAAUCAAUUCCAAAACAUGUCAGUUGGUGGCCCACCGAAAGGAAACGUAAGCGGUCCCCCAUUUCCCAACCAACAAGCGGUGGGUCGUCCUCCGUCAACGUCAGCGCCAGUACCGGGUAUUUUUCCACCAGCACCACAAGCUCAACCGCCAUUACAAAACGGUCCUCCGCCUACCGGAUUGGUCAGACAGCAAGCGCCAAAUUUUAGCAUUCCGAACGGUCACCAGCAGCCACCACUUAACCAGCCCGGAAUGCCAGCAAUGCCACCCAUGGCAUCAGGUGCACCGGGAGUCCCCCGAAAUCAAUUUCCACCAGCUGGGCCGAUUAGACCUGUUCAACCAAUGCCUCCUAUGGGAUAUUCUGCACCGUCAAUGGCUGGGGCCCCACCAGCAUUUGUCCCUCAGACUGCUCAACAAUACCAACAAUUACCACAACAAUAUCAACCGCAAGAUCAAUCUCAAUAUCAGCCUCAAACUGAACCCCAAAACUUCCCAGGACAACCUGGUAUGCCUAACCAGUAUCCUCCAGGACCAAAUGCCCCUGGGAUGCCUCCACCUCUUAAUUCUACUGCUGGCGGCGUUCCCAGCUAUCCACCACAGCCUGGACAAAUGCCGGCUGGCCCACAUAUGCCACCACCACAUGGGUAUAAUCAACCUCCUGGUCCUGGUCCCCAAGGUUACAACCAAAUGCCCGGACAGCAGUUUCAACAGAGCCCAGGAGUAGCCCCGCACUACCCACAAGGGGGCACAGCAUCACCACCACAACAGAAGCGCCUUGAUCCGGAUAGUAUGCCCAAUCCGAUUCAGGUGAUCAACGAAAAUCAACGCUUCUGUGGAGGAGUGUUUGCAACUAAUCAGGCCGGUUUGGUGCCACCACUGGUGACUACAGAGUACGAUACUCAGGACCAGGGAAACUCCGGUCCACGCUUCAUACGCUCGUCCAUGUACAACGUACCGGCCAACACGGACAUGAUGAAGCAAUGCGCUGUACCAUUUGCGCUUAUCGUUUCGCCGUUUGCACGAACUACCGCGAAAGAACUGGCCCCACCGAUCGUUAAUUUUGGCGAAAUGGGACCAAUUCGUUGCAUUCGCUGCAAAGCGUACAUGUGUCCAUUUAUGCAAUUCAUUGAUGGUGGUCGUCGCUUCCAGUGUUUGAUGUGCAAAGCCACUACUGAUGUUCCGGCAGAGUAUUUUCAACACUUGGAUCACACUGGUCAACGUAUGGAUAAAUAUGAACGUCCUGAGCUGGUGCUAGGUACCUAUGAAUUCGUUGCUACAAAGGAUUACUGUCGCAACAACAGUCCGCCCAAAGCCCCGGCGAUGGUAUUUUUGAUCGAUGUCUCUUACAACAACGUCAAGUCGGGAUUAGUACAGUUACUUUGUGCGGAGAUGAAGAAUAUUAUUCGUAAUUUGCCAAUCGAUGAAGGUUUUGAACGUACUGCUAUGAAAGUGGGCUUCAUCACAUACAAUAGUUCGGUACAUUUUUAUAACGUCAAAAGUAGUUUGGCUCAACCGCAAAUGAUGGUUGUAGGAGACGUUCAGGAAAUGUUUAUGCCAUUACUUGACGGCUUUCUAGUCGACCCGGAGGAAUCUAGUGCCGUAAUUGAUGCUUUGAUGGAACAAAUUCCGAAAAUGUUCGGAGAUACUCGCGAGACGGAAACCAUUCUGCUUCCAGCGUUGCAGGCCGGUCUCGAAGCGUUAAAGGCAUCCGAAUGUGCUGGAAAGCUUUACGUAUUUCACUCGUCGUUACCAACGGCGGAAGCACCCGGUAAGCUGAAAUCACGCGAUGAUCGAAAACUAUUAGGAACGGACAAGGAAAAACAGGUUUUGACUCCACAGUCAACAGUUUAUAACAUGCUUGGUCAGGAAUGCGUUGGCGUCGGAGUUUCAGUAGAUCUGUUUAUCUUCAACAAUUCGUAUAUAGAUCUGGCUACAAUUGGACAAGUAGCCAGACUAACAGGUGGCGAAGUCUACAAGUAUACUUACUUUCAGGCUGAUAUUGACGGUCAGCGUUUGGUUAAUGAUGUGAUUAAAAACAUAUCACGCCCAAUAGCUUUCGACACGGUAAUGCGCGUGCGCACGUCAACCGGAAUCAGACCAACCGAUUUCUUCGGACAUUUCUUUAUGUCGAACACCACUGAUAUGGAAAUUGCGAGUAUUGAUUGUGACAAAUCGGUAGCGAUUGAAAUUAAACAUGACGAUAAGCUAACCGACGACAACGUGUUCAUUCAGGUUGCUCUCCUCUACACUAGUUGUUCCGGGCAGCGUCGUUUACGUAUUCUCAAUCUAAGUUUGAAGACUUGCAACCAAUUGGCUGAUUUGUUCCGCAGCUGCGAUCUAGACACAUCGAUUCUGUUCUUUGCCAAGCAAGGCCUUUUCAAAUUACUGGAAAACUCUCCAAAGGCUAUCAAAGAUUCGCUGAUAAAUCGAGCGGCUCAAAUCCUGGCAUGCUACCGAAAGCAUUGCGCCUCGCCCACUUCGGCCGGGCAGCUGAUUUUGCCUGAAUGCAUGAAACUACUACCACUGUAUAUUUCGUGCUUGCUAAAGAACGAUGCUUUCUCCGGUGGUUCCGAUCUAACUUUGGAUGACCGAUCCUACGUGAUCUAUUUCGUUAUGAGCAUGGACCUACCAACAUCUGUUCAGUUUUUCUAUCCUCGGUUAAUACCGGUACAUGAUGUCAAAGUAGAGGACUCAAACGUACCUGCUUCCAUUCGUUGCACGGCUGAUAAGAUGAUGGGGGACGGUGCUUAUAUUUUGGAAAAUGGCGUCCAUAUGUUUAUGUGGCUCGGUUUAGGGCUGUCGGCGGAGUUCACGCUGUCUGUGUUUGGAGCACAAUGCACACAGCAAGUCGAUACCGACCGCACGGGUUUACCAGUAUUCGAUAAUCCACUUUCCAAGCGUGUGCGAGGAAUUGUUGACAGUAUACAGAAUGGGAAACAUCGGUGCAUGAGGCUUACCCUGGUGAAGCAGCGUGACAAACUAGAAAACGUAUUACGUCAUUUCCUGGUCGAAGAUCGUGGCAUGACCGAUGGUUCCGCUAGCUACGUUGACUUCCUUUGUUACAUGCAUAAAGAGAUCCGAACGCUACUUAGCUAGCUGGAUUGUAAUGAAAAUAAGUUGAGUACUCGCUUCAGGAUCAGCUGUAACAAUAACAACAGCUGCAGUUCAUACAAUAACACAAACUGUACUACAGGAUCAACGAACAACAACAACCAUGGGCAAUGCCAGCGACAGGUGCAAUGCAGAGACUUGAAUGGGAAUCAGAGAGCGGCACUUUACAGUCAAUAUCCGCAGCGCCCGCCGAGUGAUGAUGGCGAUGACGAUGAGAAUGAUACUAUCGAGGAGGAAGACGAGGACGAAGAAGGGAGUUCGGUCCAGUCGGGACAGUGCCACACCAACUAUCAGCAGUCAGUGUCGCCUGGCAGAAGCAUCUCGCAGAAUCGUACCAGAGCAUUGCGAUAUCGAAAAGCAUUCAUGGGAAAGUGGUAAUAGUUGUAACUGUUGCAAAUUAUACAAUUAUUAUUUUUAUUACUUUACGAUUGUUUUUUUUUUCAAUUUAGAAUAUAUUUAACAUGUGCGAAAUACAUAGUAAAAUAACAAGAGGAAUGUGUAUUAGCGGGGUUUUUUGCUUAGAUGUUUAUAUUGAAUGUGUAACGAAUCAAUUAUCAUACUUAACAUACACAUACACGGAACUUCAAUUGUUAUGAACGCGACGCAUGGUAGCGGGUUAUUUUAAAAAAAUGUUCUAUGCAAUUGUAACAUUUGAGAAACUACAUGCAGCGGAAAGCAAUGCAGUAAAAACAAUGUGUAUCGCUAUAUAUGCGUAGUUAAGUAAACUGUACCCUCAAAGGAUAAAUACAAAAUAGCAAAAAUAUACGACAUUAUUGCAACUAUAAAA